CAGUUGCACAGGUGGGAAGCCGGAUCGCUUCCGAUCCUUCCCAAGAUCUUUCCCACCAACAACCAGUCAUCCAUACGAGAGUAUAAGACGGAACCCUGCCUCGCGGCACCCCUGCCCUUCCUCACACACACCGCCAAGUUCCAACACACACUGAGAUUCUCAACUAAAAAUUGCAAUUUCUCAAUCGCCCCCGGCAACAAACCGCAACCCUUCCCAGCUUGAUCAUAACCAAGAUCGAGACAUGAUGAUGCCCUCUAACCCACGAAUUUUGCUUGUCUUAGCUGCCUUCCUCAUCGGCGCCAUCCAACCCAGCAGCCAGGCUAGUGUAUCAACGUCUUCAUCAACAAGUUCCGCCAGCAACAGUGUCAUUGUUAACGGGAAACCUGUUGUGGCAGAUUGCGUGAUGACUGUAAAUGGUGUUACCGCACCGUGUGCCCAUCCCGAAUUGCUGGCCAACGUUCCCUCGACCAUCGUCACCACCAGUCCUUGAAGAACAUCCACCAAUGUAAUCCGCAUCUUCUCUUCCCCUCACCCGAACCGCCUUCGAUCUCAUGCUAGCUUAUCAUUCAUCUAACCAUAUUAUAAACCAAAUCUCGUGCCAAUAAGAAACUUGGAUGCGGCGACUUCAUUCUGCAGUCUCGUCUCUCCCCCCGCGCCAUAAUCCCAAUCUAUGGCGGUAUUUGACUGUCAUCACUUUUUACAAGAACAUUUUUGUAUGAACAAUUCAAUUCUUGAAAAUGAAACGUUUAAUUCAGAUCAAUCCCCUCG